AUCGCUCUCGUGUUAUAGUAACCAGACCAUUGGUGGUGACAAUUUCGUGAACUCUACGGUUUGUUUGUUCUGUUGUGAAGAGUCGUUACCAUAUUUCUAUUUCUUUAAUUUUAUUGAAUUAUCGUAGUCAACUUUAAAGACAUGUCUCAAGGAUCAGAGGAGUUCCAGAAAGCGGCGACAGAUGUGAAGAAGUUAUCCCAAAAGCCCACAGAUCAAGAAAUGUUAGAUGUGUAUGCAAAUUACAAGCAAGUGACUGUGGGUGACUGUAAUACAGCAAGACCGGGGUUUAUGGAUUUCGCUGGUAAAGCAAAGUGGGAUGCAUGGAAUGCCUUGAAAGGCAAAAGUGCAGCAGAUGCAGAGAAAGAAUACAUAGCAAAAGUUGAGGAAUUGAAAGGAAAAUAUCAAUAAAAGUAAAUUGUUAUGACCAGAUUUUAUAUAAGAAGUUUUCGUAUAAUCCAAAAAUGAUUCUAGACAAUCUAUUCACUAUAUUUACGUAAGACGGACUGCCAAGUGCAAUUUUCUGACGAAUUAAAAUAUGUACAAGCAA